AUGGAGUCCAUCUAUAACCUAGCGAACACAGACCAGCGCUUGGAAAUAGAGGCGUACAUGCCUUCAGCCGCUGAUGCGUGCGCGGCUAUGCCUAAGAAACGCCUCUAUCAGUCUGGAUUUCCAAAGGAAUACUGCACAGUCCCGAAGCAUAUGCAUAAAACCCUGGGUCCUGCGAAGGUUAACCCAGCAGACCAUACUAAUUGGCUUAAAAAGGGAUCGGGUAAUCCUCCGCUUCCUCAACCAAAGCGUUGGGAUUACGACGAGCACGACCCUCUUCCCCGCAAACCCGCUGUCUAUCGUCAACACUACUAUAAAGCUGGGCGUAUAGGAGCUGGCCCCACUUCGUCUAUAGACAACAUAAAUGAUGGGGCCAACGAUGCAAGCCCAGCAAACGCUCACGGCCACAGCUGUGAGUGUGGAGGCAAUUGCAAUUGUCAGAACGGGGGUGCUUGUCAGUGUACAGGAGACUCUCCGUGCCACUGCUUGGUGGGGGGCACAUGCAGUGCUGGCGACGUGGGACCGGAUACAUGCGGUAGAAGGGGAUGUAUGGACUCAUGCGAGGGGCCACUUGAGCCCAAGGUGAAUGACAAGUACACGAAGAACGAAAGAGCGAUAGCGCCAGAUGGACAAUCAGUACCAAUAACUGGGUUGCGGUCCAACAAGAACUUCGUAAGGGCCAAUAUUAUUAACGCAACCGUAAUGGUGCCCCCUCCAACUGAUAAAGCCGACAUGGACUGGACAGAGAAAGAAGGGUAUGGUCAGACGCCAAAGUACCUGGCUAAAAUUAAGAAGCAGGUUGCUGCAGAGCAGGAAACAAUCCAAAAGAUAGAGGAGAGGUACAAGGGCGGGGUACAAAAGAUGGCUUAUAUGCUCGAUCCAGUCGAGAAGGAGCAGCUUUUAGCAGGCAUCAAGGCGAACUGGAAGUUGCUGAACGAAGAGUAUACCACGCAGCUCAAAGUGGUUCAGGAAACCUUUGGGCAGCAGAACAGGAAGAUGUGGCUGGAGCAAAGGCUUGCCGAUUUAGAAAACGAUAUUGCUAUCCUAGAACGCGAAACGAUCUUUGUCGAGCAAGGCUAA